CAAUAUUUAUAAUUUUGGCAUUAAACUCAAUGGUGUACAUUAUACCUUUUUUUACACACAUCUUUUAAGAGGAAAUUGAAUCUUCUGAUUUUAAGAAAUGCAAAUGUGGGGCAAUGAUGUAUCACCCAAAGAUUUUCUUUGUAAUAGAAAAUGUUUUUAAAGGGGGAAAAUAGGGAUUUUUAUUAUUAUUAAAAGAUAAAAGUAAAAUUAUUUUUAAGAAACAAGGCAUUGGAAACAUUUAGUUUCACGAUAUGCCAUUGUUAGGCAUUCCCUAUCUGAUUGUUAGAAAUUAUUCAUUUCCUCAAAGACAGAGAAUAAAUUGGUUGAGGAUGCAAUCUUGUACUAUGCACUUUCUUUGCCCAAGGCAAACACUGAGCAUUUGAGAGCCAUGAGAAUGCUUCUGCAUUUGAGUUUGCUAGCUCUUGGGGCUGCCUAUGUUUCUGCCAUUGCUGUACAAAGUCCCAUGAAUAGGCUGGUGGCAGAGACCUUGGCACUGCUCUCCACUCAUCGAACUCUACUGAUAGGCGACGGGAACCUGAUGAUUCCUACUCCUGAACAUAACAAUCACCAACUGUGCAUUGAAGAAGUCUUUCAGGGUAUAGACACAUUAAAGAAUCGCACUGCACCGGGGGAUGCUGUGGACAAGCUUUUCCGAAACUUGUCUUUAAUAAAAGAACACAUAGACCUCCAAAAAAAAAAGUGUGGAGGAGAAAGAUGGAGAGUAAAAAAGUUCCUAGACUACCUGCAAGUGUUUCUUGGUGUAAUAAACACUGAGUGGACAAUGGAAAGUUGAGAUGAAACUGGCUUAUUGCAGUGAAAGAUUCUGGAGGAGAAGAAGAAUGUUAUUUUUUGCAAUGAGAAUGAGGCCCAACCAAGGGUCACUGUAAUUAAACUUCAGAUGCAAAGGAAUUUUUCAGGCAUACUGCUACUUUGCUGCCUCACAUAGGCAGAAAGGAUAAAAAUAAAAUAUUUGAGAUAUAUUUCAGAUAUCAGAAUCAUCGAAGUCUUUUCCUCCAGUGUGCUCUAGGCAAAAUAAAUAUGUACUUUAAUCUUAUUUAACACAACAUUCUGUAAAAUGUCUAUUAACUUAAUAUUUAUGUAUGAAAUGAUUGAGAAUUUCAUAAAUCAAUAUUUAUUUCAGGUUGGGCUGUGUUCCAAUAAAACAAAAAUGAACAACUGAUUCAAUUUGUUGCUGGUCUCUGUCCUACUCUUGAAGUGGGCGCAAUCUGUGUGGAAACAUGCUGCGUGUGGAAGGACAGUCUGCAUCUGUGUUGGUUGAGCAUUCCCAUCUCCCUGAUGAUGGAAGUUGUGGGUUUGCUAAGCAUACCACAGAUGGAAGAGAUCCAGCAGGUCAUGUGGGGAUGUGAGCAGCGGGGACAUAGGCUUGGGCUGAGCAUGGUUUCCUUGCCAUGUUACACCAGAACCUAGGAUGGUGCAGGUUAAAUGGUAUGUGAUGAAUGAAUGAAUGAAUGGAUGAAUAGACCUUCAGCCAUAAAAUUAAAAUGACUUUGAAGGAUUUCCC